UCCUCGGUGUCCGUGUCACACGCUUUUGGGGAUGAAGACUGUGAAACCAACACGUAUUUUGUACUGUGCAAGGCGAUGUUCGGGCGGAUGUCUCUUCGAUACCUUGUUUUCCAUUUUUGCUUUUGUUCUAGACAUUUUUGCUUAGGUAAAACACAGGCUCGGAUGGGUGGGAAGCGUCCGUUUGCAUUUUGUAGUUCAUCACAUUGUGUGCUAGCUACUGUUUCUGGGCUUUUUUAAAAUUUAUUUAUUAAUUUAUUUUCCUAGAAAUGUACACAGAUGACUCUGAAUGAGACGCGGUUUGCGUGGGAGUGGUGAAAGACACUUAAUUAAUACGAAAACAAAUGUUAUUUUUAAAAUGAAGAUACGAAAAAUAUUUUGCCACGUUUGAUCCAUCUCUGUUUUUUAUGUCUCGCCUUGUCUGACUUAAGACAAGAGAACAACGGCGAUCCAACACUAGGAAGCCGUGCUGAUGCAGACAGCCUGUGGACAUAAUGGAAACGCACGAUGGGACAUCUAUCGCUUGUCAGCAACAAAAAAUGAGUCUUGUUUCAGCCUAGAUGAUCCAACCAUGAGCGACAUAUAGAAUUUUAACACUGGACUCCCUCUUUAUUUAGCAUUAGGUAGGGACAACCUGCAUGCAACUGAACAUGCGGGUUAUUUGAGAAUAUCCCUGCUUGCUGCUUCUGGCAGGACAGCCGACCCCAGCCCAGCCUAACUGAACAAGGGCACCGGUUGCCUUAAGAGCUGAAAUGCAGAUACGCAAAUGACCGCUGUUUUUUCCCCUUUGCGCUUUUCAGCUCUGUAUAUAUAAAUAGAAGGAAUAAAUAAAAAUAUUUGCUGAAGUUGCUGUCGUUGCUGAAGUUGAGACUUCAGGGACAAUGUCUUCUCGUCCAGCACAGCAGCCCGGCAGCGACAGGAAUUCAGACCACCAUGCACCACUCUCAGCCAGCCGCUCAGAGAAGGGCUCGGCCUGGUCCAGCCGCUCCCUGGGGGCUCGCUGCCGCAGCUCCAUCGCCUCGUGCUCGGACGAGCAUCCCCACAUCGGCAACUACCGGCUGCUCAAAACCAUUGGCAAGGGCAACUUCGCCAAGGUGAAGCUGGCACGUCACAUCCUGACGGGCAGAGAGGUUGCAAUAAAGAUUAUCGACAAAACCCAACUCAACCCAACCAGCCUGCAAAAGCUCUUUCGAGAGGUGCGGCUCAUGAAAGGUCUCAACCACCCAAACAUAGUUCAGCUCUUUGAAGUGAUUGAAACGGAGAAGACGUUGUACCUUAUUAUGGAGUACGCCAGUGGUGGUGAGGUGUUCGACUACCUCGUGGCGCAUGGGAGAAUGAAAGAGAAGGAGGCACGAGCUAAAUUUCGGCAGAUUGUGUCUGCCGUUCACUACUGCCAUCAGAAGAGCAUAGUUCACAGGGACCUGAAGGCAGAGAACCUGCUGCUCGACGCUGAUUCCAACAUCAAGAUCGCCGACUUCGGCUUCAGCAAUGAGUUCACGGUGGGCAGCAAGCUGGACACGUUCUGCGGCAGCCCACCCUACGCCGCACCCGAGCUCUUCCAGGGCAAGAAGUACGACGGGCCCGAGGUGGACGUCUGGAGCCUGGGGGUCAUCCUCUACACGCUGGUCAGCGGCUCGCUGCCCUUUGACGGGCAGAACCUCAAGGAGCUGAGGGAGCGAGUCCUGCGGGGGAAGUAUCGCGUGCCAUUCUACAUGUCCACUGACUGCGAGGGCAUCCUCCGCAGGUUCCUGGUGCUCAACCCCAGCAAACGCUGCAGCCUAGAGCAAAUCAUGAAGGAUAAGUGGAUGAACGUCGGAUACGAUGGCGACGAGCUGAAACCACACGUAGAACCUGUGGAGAACUACAAUGACUCUGAGCGGAUAGAGGUCAUGGUAGGCAUGGGUUACACCCGCGAGGAGAUCAGAGAAGCUCUGACCUCUCAGAAGUACAAUGAGAUCACCUCCACCUACCUCUUGCUUGGCCGCAAAGGCGAGGAUGUCAGUGAGUCCCGGUCGAGCAGUAGUCUUUCCCUGGCGCGUGUACGGCCCAGUCCUAUAACCAACGGUACCAGUAAACAUUCCUCCACUUCCUCGUCCAGCUCCACCUCAGCCUCCACCCACAGCAAGGCCCAGCGCAGUGCUUCCACCUACCACCGCCAGAGGAGGCACAGUGACUUCUGCGGCCCUGCAGUGCCAACGGCCCACCCCAAGCGCAGCCCCACUGCGACAGCUGGGGCGGGGCCAGGGCCCGGAGAGGCGGAGCUGAAGGACGAGCGUUUGGCAGCACGCAAGUCCAGCUGCAGCACUGUGGGUAGCCGGAGCAUUCCACCCUCCAGCCCCAUGGUCAGCAUGGCCAGCAACCCCAACAAGGCCGAGAUCCCCGACCGCCGCAAGGACGUUCCCAUCACGGCGAACAACAUCCCAGCAAGUGCCAUGACCCGCAGAAACACAUAUGUGUGCACCGACCGCUCCAGCACGGAUAGACACUCCUUACUGCAGAACGGCAAGGAGAACAGCUCCCUCUCACACCGUUUACCGCCAGCGUCGCCCUCCACGCACAGCAUCACCGGCGCGGGCGUGGCCACCCCCUCCUCGGCCGAACGUUCCCGCUUGACCAGAGGCUCCACGGUCCGCAGCACCUUCCACGGCGGCCAGCUACGAGAGCGCCGCACGCCCACGCACGCUCCACCCGCCUCGCCCACCCUGUCGCACGACGCCAGCCCCCUACCCCACGCCCGCAGUCGGGCCACCUCCAACCUCUUCAGCAAACUCACCUCCAAGCUGACGCGCAGGGUCAAUCUUGACCCCACUAAGCGUCAGAGCUCAAACAAAUCCGUCUCGGGCUGCCCUCUGCCACAUGGAUCGAAAGCAGUUAACGAACCUGAGAGAGUCUGCAGAUCUCCGGUCACAAGUCGCCAUCUAUCUGGGCAUCAAAAAGCGCCAGAGCCCAGGACCCCCCGAUGUGGCUGGGAUGUGAGGGUCCGGAGCCGGCGGGACCCUGCCGACAUGGUGCUUGCCCUGCGUGAGGCAGCGCAAGGUUGUGGCUGCCAGGUGCACCAGGCCGGGCCCUUCCUCCUGUCCUGCACACACGGAGCUGCCGGCUCCCGUGUGGCGUUCGAGGCAGAGGUGUGCCACCUGCCCGCCGGCCCCAACGACACCAGCGGCGUCCGCUUCAAGCGCCUGUGGGGAGCGCCGCUAGCCUUCCGGGACAUCGCCACCAAAGUGUCCAAAGAGCUGGAACUCUAAGGGCUCCUUGGUGGGAGGAGUUGGGGAAGAAGCGGGAGGAUGCAACAUUGGGUAGUAGGCAGAGGAAGUGCCCGCCCCUUAAAGCCUAGGCUCCACCCCUGCCUUCUCUAAGCCUAUACAGACACUAAAACACACCUAAACACAAAAAGCCUUGUGCCUGCUACACACAAGCCCUGCUGAGAAAACUCCCUUUCCCACUGACUUUUAGUGGGUGUCUUAGCCAAGUUCUAUUCCAGUUUACCAGACAUUUGUUUUCUGUACAUUGUCCCAUCUUGAUGUUUUUUAACAGCUGCUAUUUAAUUCAUUUUGGAUUUAUGAUUUAUUUGCAACAAAAACUUUUUAAAAUUCUUUUAGUUUUUUCCAUUGUGAAUUCAUCAGUUAUGAAACAGAUGUCGUAAAGAGCUUCACUCUCUUCUUUUUUUUAUUAUUAACACUUUCCUGGGUGAAAAGCUGCCUAAACACAGGAGAAAGAUCUGUCAAACGGAAAUAAAGUCUGUCUAACCUGCCUGUGUGGGAAAGAGGCCACGGUUGCUUUUCUGAGCCACUAACCUUGUAGCGUCUGUCAGGUUUCUUUUUUUUUCUGCGUUUCAGCAGUUCUUCUCUGUAAUGCAUCCUUCGUUGUUGUACAGUAGCACUUUAGGGCUGAGUGGGCAUCACUUCUUUGAACUACAUCUGUCCCCGUCAAAUGGUACGGCACGCCUGUCCAGCCAAGUCAAUAUCAACAACACCCUGUUUUCCUUCUGUAAGUAUUAUGCUGGUGAGAAGCCUCUGCUACAUGGACACAGGACUGGUGCUUUCCACUGCUUUGAUACAGACCGUCAUCUUUAAACACAGCUACAUCUCUCAAGCAGAGCUCUCGGCACUGUGCAAAUUUGGUUAGUAUAUUUGUAUGAAACCCUGGAAUGUGCAAAUCUAGCUGUAGCCUUAGGCUAAUCUAGGAGUUGUAGAUGUAAUAUUUUUGAUAAUGUGACAAGAAUCGUUGGGGUGCUAAAACAUGUCUGCCAAAUUAUCCUGUGAUAUGUUCUCAGUACUGUUCAUUGUAAAUGACCUUGUUUAUACUCUUAGCUCAAAGGGCCCCUUUAAAUCACGGUCAUUAUUACUGUUUGCUGUGCUUGGUCAUUUUAGUAACGUUAGAAUGUUGCAGAGAUGGACUGACCACACUGUAUCCCUCCUAAAAUCCUUACGGAUGGCUAACCCUACCCAGUACCCAGGUGCCCUAUGAGCACCAUUCUCCAAUGAUUUGCAAAGGUACAAGGGCUACCUGUAGAGAUGUAUGCACCAUGCUUUGAACAGUUCGCAAACCUUCGAAUGAGUAAGUGUAGUAUCGUCUCUCACAACCACACCAGAUCAGAAUUCCUUGCGAGUGUUACAUAAACUGUAUCAGAUCCUGCGUCCCAGUUUUGAAGAUCUAAGAAGGCAACCGAUUCUGUUCUGACAGAAACAUCGCAAUUAAGUCUCCUGGAUUCACUGUUCAGCAGUUCAGUACUCCUGACAUUACAGGUGUAACUGUCAUUCUAAGAGGUCUAUGGAACGAUCAGUUCUGCAUUUUAAUGCUAGAGGCAGAAUCUCUGAGUUGGCCUGAGAUCAUAUUCAACAUCUAUGAGGAGACUCAGAGUAUGCCAGUAUGUAAUAUUCAUAGUCCUAAAAAGAACAUGUGGCCUAUGCAGUGUUUUUUUUUUUAAUGCUACCAUAUGUGCAACCCAUUAAAAAUGGAUUUUCUAAAUGAUUAACAACUUGGCUGCUGUUCUGGACUGUAGAAGGGGUGUCCAUAGUCAGAGCACUCAGGCAGCUGCUGAACGCCUGCAUGUCACACAUUUUUCAAAACAAAUUUAUUCAACUUAAAAAUACAUAUAUGAAAAUGUCGGUAAGCUUUGAGAAAAUCAAAAAAUAAUCUUGUUAUGGAAAAGAAUAAGUAACUACUAAUGACCAGUGAGCACCAGAACGUGUGUGUGUGUGUGUGUGUGUGUGUGUGUGUGUGUGUGUGUGUGUGUGUGUGUGUGUGUGUGUGUGUGUGUGUGAGAGAGAGAAGGAGAAAGAAAAGAGUUUACUGUGGUGUUCUCAAUCAGAUGGUAAAAGGCACGUUGUGCGUUUUUGAAAACACUGUCGUUUUUGGUCCAUCAUUGGUUUAUAAUGUUAAGUAGUCUUAAGUGGUUGAAAUCAAAGUUGUUACAACAAGUAAUAUUUAAUCAUUCUACUUUGUAAGACAAAUAAUAGCCUCUCUUGGUCACAUGGCAGGCCACUUAGCGUAUCAUGACUUUGCAAUAUAAAGUAGCCUUAGUCACCCAAAACCUUUUUGUUGUUGUUUCUGUUCUGUUUAUGUGCUUACUUUUUCCUGUGUCUCCACCCUUCAACUACAUGCAACAUUUCACUAUUUAUUUUUGUUCAAUAUUUAUGCAAUUUGUAAUGGAAAAAUAAGACUUCCUGGUUAAGAUGUCUUGACUAGCACGAUGUCAUAGGUUUGCGUUAGCAAUCAUGCCCUCUUGAGGUAAAUAACCACAUACUCUCUCUGCUCCUGCAAAGCCGACUCAUUGCUUAAAUAUGUACAAUUGUGUAGAAAAAGUAAAUUAUGAUUGAAUUUAGUUUUGUUAUUUUGAAAGUUUUAGAUUGUUUUUGCCUUUAAAUGUAUAGAAAGGGGAAUGUCUGAAGUGACAGAUGAAUAAACUCACUGAGUUUAGAACUUGCCUUAUCGGUUGCGUUUUGUGUUGAUUGCAGUUUUCUAACAUUUCAUUGUCAUCAGUAUCAUAAGUAAGCGGGUUACAGUAUAGCACGCAUGCAUUCAGAUGAGUUACAAACGAGGACAUGGCCUUGAUUGUUACAUGGGGCUUUUUAAUUACUUACUUUGUACAACCAAAAAAAAGGUUUAGGUGAAGACAGCAUAGACAGAGUUUCCUCAGCCAUGCGGCAAUUUGAUCCCAGGAUGUUACAGAAAGAAUGGGAAAGAAAGAUGGCAUUAAAAGGGAGUGGAAAAAAGGGGAGAAAAUCAAAGGCGACAGGAAAGGAAAAAAGGAAGAGAGGGAACAGUGUGGAGUGUCUCUUGGAAAAGUCAAGCGAGAACAUUUCUCCUGCUUGCACUGC